UUAACUGUUCUUUGUGAACAGCAGGACUACAGCUACAUCACAGGGCUACACAGUGACUGCCGGAGAUAGGAGGCAGGUUUAGCAAACAGCUGGACGGGACCGCUGAUUCCAGAGAAGAAACGGUCAGCAACUGGCGACCUGAACAACCUGAAGAUGUUCGUUCUGACGGUGUUUGUUCUGCUGGGACUGCUGAGCUGGACUCAAGCUGCGUCUGGUGAUCCGUGGGGCCUGUGUCCACACAGAAAGUGUAAGGACAAGUUUGGAGACGGGUCAUGUGACAGAGAGUGUAUGGAGCCCGACUGCCUCAGAGACGGCUUCGAUUGCCUUAAGGACAGGGGACACUGCAAUCCGGGCCACAUCCAGUACUGUCGCGAUCAUUACGCUAACUCCCACUGCGAGCAGGGAUGUGACAGCGCCCCCUGUGGAUGGGACGGCAGCGAUUGCUUCAAACACCAGAGCGCUGUGUGGGCCAAAGGCACCCUGGUCGUCCACACAAACCUUCCACAGCAACGGGGCGCAAUCUCCAACAGCUCCCUGCUCUGGGCACUCAGCGUCCUCCUCCAGUCGCCACUCAAGCUGAGAGGCUCCGCCCCCCUCGCCACUAACAGGAACCUGUUUGACUUCGACCCUCAGCAGCUCGCCACCCUGCUGGCUCAGGCGUCAGCGGCUGACUCUAAUGGCUCCCUCCUUUUCCUCCAAGUGGACAACAGGCCGUGCACCCGUCUGCCCUCUACCUGUUUCCCGAAUGCCCCAAGUGCCGCCAGUUUCCUGCGUGCCGUAAUGUUGCUAAAGCCCAGCUCUAUCCCCACCCUCCCACAGCUGAAGGCCAUCAUCCGUAUUAGAGGUGUCCGAGUGGAAAUAGGAAGCAGAGAGGAGGAAAAGGUCAAAGAGGAAGUCAAAGAGAGUGGAGAGUCGACGCCGGCGUGGCUCUGGGCCGUGAUUGCCGUAGCGAUCGCCCUGCUGCUGGGGCUCACCCUGGUGGUGUUCCUGGUGGUGAGGAGGGUGAGGCAGCAGCGGGCAGAGAGGGAGGGAGCUAACAGGGUGAGACACCGCUCCACGGUCACAGACAAUGACCCCAAAUCAAAGGCCUUGACGCCGCACGCUGCCCACCAGGAGCAGAGGGUCAGAUCCAUCAGAGAGAAAGAGAAGCUCAGCUUGAGGAAAAAGAAGAAAGCAAAGGAAGCGGAAAAGAAGAGAAGGAGGGAACCGCUGGGGGAGGACGCCAUACGAAUGCGACCUCUGAAAAGGGACCAGGAUAUAGGAAGUGACACAGACUUUACCCAGAGUUCAAUGGAAGACAUCAAUGCCAGAUGCUCCAGACGACAGGAGGACGCCUCCAUCUGUGACCACCGGAGCCCGGAGCAGAAACACUACCGGGCCGGGACCUCGCAGCCCCGCAGACCUGUACAGCCUCCACCUAGAGGAUGGGAGAGGAAUGCCAUGCCUCCUCCUCUGCUCAGUCCUCCCCAGCAGUCUGCAGAGUGGUGUGGCCCUGAUGGUUCUGUGGUUCUGAUCCGAGCGGUGCGGAGUGGGCUGGACAGAGUGGUCUUGGAGCUGCUGCGAGCAGGAGUACCAGUCAACAACACUGACCAUACUGGGAGAUCAGCCCUGCACUGGGCAUGCUCAGUAAACCACCUCUCCCUAACAAGGACUCUGAUUCGCUACGGGGCCGCUGUGGACCUGCAGGACAACAAGGGUGAGACGCCACUCUUCCUCUCCGCCAUCCAUGGAUGCUACGACACAGCCAGACUCCUCCUUCUUCAUGGCGCCAACCUGGAGCUGCACGAUCGGAGAGGACGCCGUCCAAUCGACAUGGCCAGAGAGGGCAUGCAUCACCAGGUCCUGGAGCUCCUAUUGGCUCACCAGAUCCAGAGAGGGCCUGUUCCCGUCGACUCGGCCAAUGAUAUGAUGUGGGAGGAGCGCGCUAUGAUGUACUCACCAUGGGUUGGAACACAAGGCCUGCCCGGAAGAAGUGCCUCCUUCUCUGGGAUCAUAGGGCACCGAGACAUGACCCCACCUCCACAAAAUGAUUGGUCGAUGAGCCGAGUGCAGUACCCCGCCCCUCAAAACUGGCGACCACAGCUCAACCAAUCAGCAACGGCACUGGUCCCUCCGAGAGUCAUGGGCCGCUCCCCUCGGCCAAUCAGCACCUUACAGGAGGUGACCUCAGAAGACGAGGAUCGCGACAGGCAUCACGAAGCCCCCAGAGCUGCGACGCCUCACUUCCUGUCGCCCCAGCCUGCACCUCGGCAGCGUUCCUUUUCCUGCACCCAGCAUGCACUGCAGCGCCGCUCCAGUGGCCACCAGCCAGAGCCCAAUUACAUCAUUGUGACAGACAGAACAGCCAACGAGCCCAUAGAAAGAGUAGUGGUUUCACCUCCCACAGAAGCAGCCGCCCAAUCAGAACGCCAUAUAGCAGGAAACGGUGACACGCCCAGCAGAGCAGAACACGCAGCAGCGAGUUUGACAAAUUCAGAGCAGAAAUCCAGAGGUGAGAGGUCAAACAACACGGCUGAAUCCACACAAACAGCCCUGUAGAGGACAGAAGCUGGCAGCUGCCUUUCUGUUCAGCCCAUAAGAAAAGCAUUAAGGAAGCUACUGACAGGGGCGCUGAGUUUUAGUUUGGCAGAAUCCCAAAACUGGAGGGAGUUUAAUAUUGAUUGACUGUUAUUUCGGGACCUUUAUAAUUAUCCAGCAUGCAUCCGUUUGGAUGUCCCCUGACAGAUUUGCUUGUUAUUUCUUACAUUCCUGUCAAAUUAAUACACAGUAGCACUUCCCAAAUCACCUUCCCUGUUUUCACCCAGUCUUGCAUAAAUUAUUAAUAUUAUAUUUUUUACUAGGGAGGGAGAUUUGACUCCUCGUACAUUCUCUUUUAAAUGACACAGUCAGAUAGGUAACAGAGAUGAAUGAAAAUCAAAUGUGUCACAGUCACACACACACAGUCCUGCGAAUCUGGUUGCUAAAUAUUGUAAUAUAUUCACAUUGCCUAGACAUCUAACAGGCUGUAUUCUGAUUAUUGUGGAAACAAUCAAGAGAAAUCUUUAUUAAAAACAUGUGCACAGAUGCACAUAGUUGUCAGAGUCCUGCUGAUGCAUGCAAUAAAGUCACUUUUCAUGCAAUGAAUAUGGAUUUUUAUUAUAAUUUCUUCAAAUUCACUUUCAUCAUAGUGAGGCAGGGCUGAAGCUGCUGGAGUUUCUCUGUUUCUUUAGGAGCCCUCCAGUAGAAAACGGAGACUCUGUACUGCUGAAUACCUGCUGCAGAAAUUCCUGACUCUGCUGUGAUGUUGAGCCAGUAAAAAAGCUCCCAGCUACCUGAUCCAACAGAUUUCUCCAAAGUUUAGAAUCACUUUCAGUUGGUGACCCCAUAAUCUACAACCAGAGAUCUUACAUUUAAGUAGAGAUGAUUCAGAGCUUCACUGCAUGCAGCUUUUCAUCACCACUGUGAAAUGUGAGAAUGGGCUGUAUGUGUUUUAUGUCUCUCUCUGGCAUGUAGGGAUUUGAAGAAUUUUAGGAAUGGAGAAGUUUUUAAGGGGUUUCCAAUCACCAAACAAUUUGCAGUCACCUUUCACUUUAUUUUCAACAAACCCUUAUUUUCAAUCAGUUUAAACUUUAAAAUAAGCACAUUCCUCUUUUUGUAUGUACCACAUUACACAAAGUGAAAGAGAUGUCACUAGAUGGCAUAUUUUAAAACUUCAUGGCUAAUCACUAUAAUUUAAAUUAAACUUGUUUUGUUUUUUUGAACACUUAAUGUUAUGACAUUAGGUUUCAUAUGCACACAAUAUCUGCAGCACCAUCGACUUAUAUUAACCCUCCUGUACUCUUGGGGUCCUUUUUGACACCAAAUCAUUUUUAACAUACGAUUAAUAUAGGUUAAGUUUCAUACUUUCACAUCACACCUGUGGUCAAAAAGGACCCCAUGACAUUAGACUGGUUUUAGGACAUGUAGAAAAAAAUCAUGACCAACUAUUUUUCACAUUUCAAGGCAACUCAUGACCAACACAUUGACAUAUAAUUUGCAUAUUUUUUUCAUUAUUAUUGGUCCAUUUAAGUCAAAUAUUCAAAAUUAGGUCUCAUAUCAAGAGAAAAAAAAGUAAUAAAACCUGAAUAUUUUUUUCAAUAGUAAUAGUGGAAAGAAAUCUUGAUGGGAAUGCAAUGUUUUGAAAACACUGUACAUUUUUAGAUGACAGCAAAAAAAAGUACACAAGGGCACACAAGGGUUAAUCUCUAGUUCACACCAAUUGAUCGGGUUAUAUUUGCAGAGCUGGCACGUGCCUGAUUCACACCUGCACGCGCCAGCAAAGAUCAAAGGAUGUCUGGAUUGAGCGCAUUUAGCACAUUUGAAUCAAAUAUUCUACUUCAUCAACCCACAGUUUCAAGCAACAAAGAUUUUCAGAAACUACAAUAAUCUCGUCACAGGGAUACCAUCUUUAUUAUCACUAUUAUCAUUGUUUAAUUCACACACAAAAAAUAACCAAAAGAAUCCUGGCCAACUGGGCUGUCAUUUGCAUUUUUUUAGCCUGGCCCAAUCCAGUCUCCCUGUAUAUUUUGCCUUCACACCAAAUUUCUUUAGAUGCCAUGUGGUUGAAGCUCUUUCUCGUGGGAAAAGAGGAAGCGGCGCUGCAUUUACAGUUUUACUAUCUGUUAAAACUGAUACAUCAUUGGAGAGGGGAGACACUUCCCACUUUCCCACGUGCAUCCACAGACGAUUGAAAUGCAAAUGAGUCACAGACCGAAAUAUUUUCUCUGCUGUAUGAACCGCUCAUCAAAUGAAUGCAAAUAAAUGCUCGCAGCAUAACAUCUGUUUUACGCACGCCAAAAACACCUCAUUCCAUCAGUAAAUAAUGAUUUUGACCAUAACAGUGAUUCCUACUCUUAAUUAAAUCUCUAUUUGAAUGGGCAAAACGUUUUUUUACUGUCGAUUUCAAAGUAGGAAGCUAUGACUUUACGCACGGGAAUGGCACCAUUUACGCAUGGCUUCCACUGACUAUAUACUUAAAUGUAGUUAUAAUUCUUACAUAUUCUUAUAUUUAAAGAUGAAAUUGACACUUUGGAGAUUAAAUGGCUAAAUGUUUCUUAAUGUAUGUAUGUUUUUAAUAUUCCUGGAUGUUUUAACCAGCUGUAUGUUUGUUAUAGUUUUUUGAAGUGAGGAUUAAGCCUGUUACAUUGUGUGAAACGUCACUGCAUGGCGCCUUUCAUCCUCUCGUGCACACUUAUGCACGGAAGACACGUGCCAGCAAACAAUCAAUUAACACAUACGCAUCGUUUAGUGAUUUUUCAUUUUGUU